GGAAGAAAGGAGAGGAACAUUCAAGAUGACUUCUGGCCCCACAGCCAACUGGAGUGGGAACAUGAGCAGCAGGUGGGAUGUGAGCCUUGCUGAGUCGGGUGAUCUCUGGGGACAGGCACUGGGAGCGCUAGCUGGAAAUGCUUCUCCUUCUGUAGCAUCCUCAACAGCCAACUUCUCCAAUCAGUUUGUGCAACCCUCUUGGCGCAUUGCCCUGUGGUCUCUGGUAUAUGGUGGGGUGGUGGCAGUGGCAGUCUUUGGAAAUCUCAUCGUCAUCUGGAUCAUCCUGGCUCACAAGCGCAUGAGGACAGUGACCAAUUACUUCCUGGUGAACCUGGCCUUCUCAGAUGCCUCCAUGGCUGCUUUUAAUACACUCAUCAACUUCAUCUAUGCCCUGCAUAGCGAGUGGUACUUUGGAGAGGCUUACUGCCGCUUCCACAACUUCUUCCCCAUCACAGCUGUCUUUGCCAGCAUCUACUCCAUGACGGCGAUUGCAGUGGACAGGUACAUGGCCAUUAUCGAUCCCCUGAAACCGAGACUCUCUGCAACUGCUACCAAGGUGGUCAUUGGAAGCAUAUGGAUUUCAGCUGUUCUGCUGGCCUUUCCCCAGUGUCUCUACUCCAUAACUAAGGUGAUGCCUGGGAGAACUCUUUGCUAUGUAGCAUGGCCAGGUGGUCCAAAACAGCAUUUUACGUAUCACGUCAUUGUGAUUGUGCUGGUCUACUGCUUUCCGCUGCUUGUUAUGGGCAUCACUUACAGCAUAGUGGGAAUUACCCUCUGGGGAGGAGAAAUCCCAGGCGACACAUCUGACAAAUAUCAUGAGCAGCUCAAAGCUAAGAGAAAGGUGGUAAAAAUGAUGAUUGUAGUUGUGCUGACAUUUGCCAUCUGCUGGCUGCCCUACCACAUUUACUUCAUAGUUACUGGGAUCUAUCAACAAUUAAAUCGGUGGAAAUACAUUCAGCAAAUCUAUUUGGCCAGCUUUUGGCUUGCCAUGAGCUCUACAAUGUACAAUCCCAUUAUCUACUGCUGUCUUAAUAAGAGAUUCCGAGCUGGCUUCAAGAGAGCUUUCCGCUGGUGUCCCUUCAUUGAGGUGUCCAGCUACGAAGAGCUGGAGCUUAAGGCAGCCAGGUUUCAUCCCACUCAGCAAAGCAGCCUGUAUGCUGUGUCGAGAAUGGAGUCCAGCAUGACAGUAGUGUUCGAUACUAAUGAUGGAGGUAAAUCCCAGGCCAGCCAUAAGAAAAAAGCAGCUCCAAGGGAUGCGAGUUUCAACAGCUGUUCACACAGGAAUUCCAAGACCAUCUCUGCAACCUCAAGUUUCAUCAGUUCACCACACAUAUCAGCAGACGAAUAUUCCUAA